UACACGUGAACAGAGAAGUCAGCUGGGCGCAUUCGAUAAGGUCCAUGUGAACGAAGCAGGAACUAUGAACUUUAUAAUUUUAACAGUGUUAGCUUUUAUCUUACCGUACACUGCCAUUGCCACGGGAGAGAAUAAAUACGAAAGUACGGAUAAAAAUGAUUUGGCUGACGAAAUAAUGUUUCUGUUAAAUGGGACGUUUUACCAUCUAAAAGACCAAUUGUGUAGUCUGCAGGGUAAAGUUGAUGUUUUAGAAACCAUGGUUGAUCAGGUCGCCCCGCUGCCUGAUGUCAGUAAUAAUACCCUGUUCACAGAAUUCAAACAAAUGGUUUCCAGAGAGCUUCUGGCUUUUGCAAAGAUACAGAGUGGAUUUGAAAAUUCGAUCCGCCUUCUUCAGAAGGAACAGGCAGAGAUCCGAGCUUUUCUCAACAGCACCUGUAGACACAAUGGUACUGACCAGAAAAAAGACAAUAACUAUGGGAACUGUACGGCUGGAUGGAUAGCCUUACACAAGAAAUGUUAUUAUAUCUCCUCUGAAACUGAAAAGACAAACUGGGAAUCGGCAGUUACACAUUGUAAAAACAUUGGCAGUAAGCUGGUCGAACUGAAGAAUGACAAGGAAGCUAGCCAUCUGUUCCAGUUGAUGCCGGAACGAGUCGGACACCGUGAUUACAUCUACACCGGGGAGAAAAGAGAUGACGAUGAAAACUGGGUGUAUUUAACAGAUUCAGAACUAGUUAACGAGGGAACCCGAACCUGGUCUCCAGAUGAGCCGGGGGGACCCCCAGAGAAUUGCGGAUGUGUCAGCAAAGAGGAUUCGCUUAAAAUGACUGACUGUCACUGUACGGGGUUUGAAUUACUGUUUAUUUGUGAAAAAGCGCGUGCAACCAAAUAAACAAACUUUUCAAAGCAAACAUGUAGGGAAGGAACAUAAUAGUCUUGAUGUAUUUUAACAUUGAUGUGAUAUUCAAUCAUUGAUGCUUUAUUAUAUUGAUGUAAUGAUUUACUAUUAUUGUAAUAUUCUUGAUGUAAUAUUAUAUUAUUGAUGUAAUAUUCUGAUAUAAAUGUAAUAUCAUAUUGAUGAAGUAUUGUAUUAUUGAUGUAAUCUAUUUUUGAUGUUAUAUCAUAUCAUUGAUGUAAUAGUCUAUCAUUGAUGUAAUAUUCUAUCAUUGAUGUAAUAUUCUAUCAUUGAUUUAAUAUUCUAUCAUUGAUGUAAUAUUCUAUCAUUGAUGUAAUAUUCUAUCAUUGAUUUGAUAUUCUAUCAUUGAUGUAAUAUUCUAUCAUUGAUGUAAUAUUCUAUCAUUGAUGUAAUAAUCUAUCAUUGAUGUAAUAUUCUAUCAUUGAUGUAAUAUUCUAUCAUUGAUGUAAUAUUCUAUCAUUGAUUUAAUAUUCUAUCAUUGAUGUAAUAUUCUAUCAUUGAUGUAAUAGUCUAUCAUUGGUUUAAUAUUCUAUUAUUGAUGUAAUAUUAAUGAUUAUUAUUCUGUCAUCAUGUAAUUGUCUUUUAUGUAGAAUGAAAGAAUUGUUUACCAUGCGUCCAAAACAUAGAUAUACAUUGUAUGUGUGUGUAAUUUACUUCGGAUUAUUGUGUAAAUAAAAUCAACAUGUCGGAAGUUAAUAUCGUAAAAAAUGUAAAUACAAACAAAAAUCAACGAUAUUAAUAUAUAGUCAAACCAGAAUGACCUGUAUCGUUGACCUUUUCGUAAAAUGUUCAAAGUGGGCCGCAGGCCUGAGUUAUUAAUUAAAAUUGCAAAAUAUC